CUCCGUUUCCCCGAGGGCUCAGUUCGCACGCUUCCCAACAUGGCUCUCGGUGCCCUAGCCCGCCUCCUCCGCCUUGCGCCCACCCCUCGCCUCGCGCGCCCCUUCGCUGCAAAGGUCCGUGCGUCUCGGCCGCAGGAACCGGAGCUUCCGUCGGAGGACGACAACGACUUCGCCGGCGGCGAGCUCACCGCCCCCACCGAGGGCAUCGGCAAGCCGCUCGCCGAGGUGCUCAAAGAGCUCGGGAAGAGGGUUCCGGACUCCCUUGUCAAGACCCGCGUCGAGAAUAAUGGCUUCGCUAUCAAGUACAUCCCAUGGCACAUUGUGAACAAAAUUCUCAACAUACAUGCUCCAGAGUGGUCGGGUGAGGUACGCAGCAUUGUUUACUCAUUUGACGGGAAAACAGUAUCUGUUGUCUAUCGAGUGACUCUUCAUGGGAUUGAUGCAGAGAUCUAUAGAGAGGCUACUGGAACUGCUUCUGUUGAUGAUACAAGCUAUGGUGAUCCCAUACAGAAGGCAGAAGCUAUGGCUUUUCGUCGUGCUUGUGCACGUCUUGGUCUUGGACUCCAUCUCUACCAUGAAGAUAUGUCAUAGACUCGUAGUUGACUAAUGUUAGUGUUUGUGGCGGACCAUUGUCCCUUAAUGGGCUACCCAUUUGCACUGGGCAUGCUUCUUUUUCUUAAAUGUGGUAUGUAUGUGCAAGUGUUUGAAGUUUAGGCUGUCAUGCUAUAUGUCAGCUAUCAAAGUACCAAAUGCAACUACUGUUCUGAGCUGUUUGCUUGUUACGAAACAGCUUUCCAGUAUCUAAAUUCCCGAGUUUCA